AUGACAGACGGCAGGAUCCUGAGAUAUCCCGUGCUGCAGAGUGCAGCUGCAUUCGGCUUCGUGACAACUUCGCAGCAUCACGAGCGUCACGCACCUCAUGUUGUGUGGAGCCGAGGAGAUGUCGAUGCCAAGCGGCGGCGUGUGGCCCCAAGGCUGCCGCGCUUCAGUGGCGCCCCACGGUCCUCGGUGGCGGCGGCGCUGCGGGAAGCAGGCGGCACGUGGCACGAGGCCCUGUGCUUCGCAGAGCCUCCAGCACUGUCAGUGCCAGGGGUGAGGCUGGCACGUGCGGUUCCUGCUGGGACGCUGCUCUGCCAAGUGCCCUCCCAACUUCACUUCUCCAGGCCGCAGUGUCAGGCUGCAGCUCCUGCCAUUUAUGCUGGCUGUGAGGCGCUGCCAAGUGCGGACCCAGAGAAGCGAGGCGAGGCAGCUGAUGCGCUUUGCAUGGCCUUGCUGCUCUCCUCGCAGCGUUCAGGAGAAGCCGGGCGAGCGAGAGAUGCCCAGGCAGGUGAGCAAUGGCCGGCUCUCUGGCGGGCCUUGGCCGCGGUACUGCUGGGAUUCGGCCAGGACUUCGAAAAGCACCCGUACACCUCGGCGUGGCAGGGCUGCGUGAAACGUGACCACUCCUCGGCCGAGCCAGAGCUUCUUGCAGCACAGGCGCAGUACGUGAGGACAGUCUACAGCUGCAUUUGUGACACUUUGAGUUCGGAACAUCUUCGACACCUGGACGAAG